UCAAAAUUGGAUGCCCGGUACAGCGAUCCCGAACUGGGACGAGAUCCCCGUCGAGACCCCGGACCCGUGAACCCAGACCGGUUUAUCAGACCAUUGUCCUGAAGACUUCCGAGAAACACCGGAUAUGUCAGCCGCUGAAGACUUCCGGUGAGACGCUUCGACGAGGAGGAAACCGCUUGAGUCGAGAUUCGACUCUACUCGAAAGCUUCGGCAUGUAGCAGAUCUUCGGUCAGGGUUCUAGUUGACAUGCACGAGGGGAAAUGUGGGUCAGCUGGUACCGAUGAACCGAGAACUCCAGGAUAUGUUCAGUGAAAGAAAAACAAAGCCAAGUGCAACUGUAACACCCAGGGCUCUCAAGUCUCACGCAUUGAGGGAUGCGUCCCCAGCCUUAAUCCCACUGUAACAGACUGUCUCAUGUGUUUUGGUAUUGCAGAUGAUAUGUCCAUUUGGGGCUUGCCGUAGAGAGAAAAGGCUGCUAGGCUGCCCGUCAUGAAGAAGCGAGCCAACAAGGGGCUGGAGGAGGAGGAGGCGACGCUGUGCUGCUGCGAGUAUGUGAACAGACUCGGAGAGCGCAGCCAUGUGGGAGCCUGCUGCUGUGACUGUGAGGACCUGGACGACGCCUGUGACCGGUUUCUAAAGAGGGAGUCUCAGAGACCUGAAUCCCUGUCACAUGUGACUGCAGUCGUCACAGACCGGAUUCGUUUGCCCUGGCUAUGGGGUGGAGCCCGAAAAGUGGAUCUGACCAUCAUCCCUCCUCUUAUUCUCCUGCCGGUCCUUCUGCACGUCGCUGCUCUCCACUUCCUGGUCGGCAUGGUGGUCCUGACAGCUCUGCCCGGCCUGGUGCUGUGGUACUACUACUUCACCCACCGCAAGAAAGGACGGACCCUCUUCUUCCUCAGCCUGGCCCUCUUCUCCCUGGCAUACAUGUACUACUUGUUCAUCACUGAGGCGCUUCCCAAUGGGGAUAUUGGUCUGGUCCAGCUGGCCGUGGUGACCGUCGGGGUCGUACUCACCCUGGCCGCCCUCGUCCACACCAAGAGGGAACUCGGCAUUGUGCGACCGAACCAAGAGGCCGUCCACAGCAGGGUGACGUAUUACAGCUCUCUGCCGGACAGAGACCCUGCCAUCAACGGGGGGAGGGUGGACGUGACCAUGACCGAAGACAACCGGGCGGGGUCGUCGGAGCAUGCGGGGGCGGAGCUGAAGGAAAGCGGUCGAAGGAACUGGUGUCCGGUGUGCAGGAUGGUGCGGCCCCCGAGGGCGGGACAUUGUCGGAUCUGUGGCGUCUGCGUGCUGCGUCUCGACCACCACUGUGUCUGGAUAAACAGCUGUGUGGGGCAGACCAAUCACCGCAGCUUCCUGCUUAUGCUUGUCUUCUUCCUGUUGACGUCUCUGUGUGGUAUCAUCCUGGUGCUGCAGAGUGUUUGUCCCAGUCAACACCUCUUCACCGCCCUGCUCUACUGCCCGGGGGUCUACAACCAGUACAGCACUGCACUUUGCUUCACCUGUGCGUGGUACAGCAGCAUCGUGACCUGUGGGCUGCUCCACCUGCUGAUGGUGCAGGUCAUCAACGUCAGCUACAACGUAACCGAGCGCGAGGCACGCACGGCCCUGAGAGAGAAAACCGCUCGCAGCACCUACUGGGGACUCGUCGUGGACACGGGUGUCUACUCUCAAGGUUUCCUUGGCAACUGGGGAGAGUUCAUGACCAUGGGAGAAAAGCUGAAUCCCCCAUCGCCCGUCCCAGCAGACCUGGUGUCAGAGACCGUUUGCCAGCCCUGAUUUGAAAACACUCGUUUGGAUCUCAUGGUUGCUGUUCCUGUUCAAGUCCACUGGAUGGCAGCAUGGCUCUUUUCACUACAAUGUCCUCUUCUGCUUGCAGCAACUUACUUGUAUCACUGGGUUACAGUUAUUGAGUUGCUCUGACUUGACACAAAAGCUACAGUAGGAUACAUUCACUGCCAUUAAUGUCACCCACAACUGGCAUCUCCUCCAUGCAGCUGUGCACACUCAUAUUGACCUUUUAAUCUUUUUCCACGAGUCUCCCUGCCAAACUAAUAUCACCGUAUCCGUCACACUGACUAUCUUCUCUGGACUUGAACAUUGUUUUAAUGUCUCCUCUACAUUCUAGUGCCUUGCUGGGCGAUGACAAACAAGAACAAUGUGAGAAUAGUUGCUCAGCAGGGCCAUGGCAGGAGGCAAGACACAUCAUUUUAAAGAUUGCCUCUCACUUACCUGCAGUGUUUUACAAAGGAGGGUACCUAACUUGACCUUGUGAGUGUCAUGGAUUAUUUAUCACUGAUGAAUGAAAUGCCACAUAAUCAGACAAUCAAGGUUCUAGUUUGUCAUUGCAUUUAACAUAAUGAAUGAUCGGACAGCCAUGAAUAUAUUAGUAGUUACUUUUAUUCUCUUAGCUGGUUCAAAUGGAUUUCUGAAUUAAUUAAAAGCAAAUAAACCAAAAAUGUAAUUUAUUGGUUUAUUGAGAAGUUAGCUUUCCACUAUCGCUGAUUUUUCGAAAGAGAUUUUCUCAAAGGGUUUAAAAGGUUUUAUUUGUUUUCGGAAAUUCUAAAAGUUGUAUUGGUCGAGUUGUGUUUGUAUGAAAUUCAUGUAUUUAUUUUUAUAAAUAUAAUGUUGA